CUGGUUUUAUACCGGAACAACCAUAACGAGCGUCGAUAUGCACAUGCUUCUUGCUUUUACAUGACGUGACCUCUUUCGUUUCAUUCUGAUCCAUCUCUAGGGUGUUCUUGAAGCUGUGAUACGGCAUUAUUAUGGGUGCACUCGGGAACGGUCGGCGUGGCGGUCGCUCUCCGUCUUUGCUCAUGGCUGCUCUCAUCGCCUGCGUUCUUCUGCUUGGCUUCAACUAUUGGGUCUCAAACUCAAGAAACAUUGAGCUACAGAGCAAGAUAUUGGAGCUGGAGGAUCACAUGAGGAUGCUGACUGCAGAAAGAGAUAGUGAGCUGCGGAGUAAGAUGAAGGCGGAGGACGAGAUGCGCAUACAGAAUGAGAAGAUGGAGAUAAUAAAGGAUACACAACGUAGACAACAGGAUACAGCACUGAACAACUGGAUCCAAGAGAAGGAAACUCUGAAGCACAACAUUUCCUCCACUGCUAAUAUGAUGCAGGAGAUGAAGGAACAUAUGAAGUCAUUAUUGGAGGAUCUCGGUAAGGUGCAGAAUGAGCUGAAGUCCUGUCAAAGCAACUCAGACACUUUAACGACUCAGUGUAACAAACAAAUUGAGAGCAUUAAAGAGAAAUGCGGUGAGAAAACUGAGGAUGCAGAACUGGAAAAACUAACGGCUGAAAAGGAACCUGCGCAUGUCGUUCCAGAGAAUGCCGCUGGUUCAGAAAAGUCUUUGUUUGGAAAAACUAAAUCUGAGCUUCCUGCUGGAAACCGUCAAGACAAAAAUGAGGCAGAAUUUUGGAACAAUCAGCCAGAUGUGGAGUCAGAGCUGAUGAAUGAAAACAAAGAUAAUAACGAGAAAGCUGCUGUGAUUAUAAACAAAUCACCCACAACCUCCAAACCGGCAAAUAAGAAUGAGACUCUUAACAGACCAGCCAAUGACAACGUCCCAGAUGCAGUGAGAGAUACUCUAGUGGAUGAAGUAGGAAUUCUUGAGCCGAAAAAUGACGACAUCGUAAUUGGAGAAGACGAGGAAAAAGUCCGAGUUGAAGAGGGGAAGGAUGAAAAUGCUAUUAUGUAUGACAAUGAUGGAGAGAUAGAGAAACAGCUCUCCAAGAUUAAAGAUGAAAAUCAAGAGGGCGGACAGGAAUUAGAGGACGAUAUGGCCAAUUAUAACGGUGAUGAUGACAACCAGCCAGAAUCUGAGGAUGAGAAACAAGCAGAACUCGCUGGGAUGUAACAAACACAAACUCAAGAUCACACAAUGUGCCUGCUGAUAAACUCCUCCCGGCUGAACCUCGUUGGCUGGAGUGACCGUUCUGACACUCGACAGAUGUUUAUAUGACGGGAAAGUAAAAUUUCUGCAACAAUGGAUCAUUUUUGCUGGGUUAAUACUAUUGUGCAAUGAAGGAUUUGCACGACACAGUAUUCACCUCUGAACUGAAACUGAAUCUAAUAUGUUACCAAGACAGGCAAGGUCAGAUCAUUCUUUAACUAGUACUGAUUUUAGAUGAAACUUGAAUGUACUGAACAUCUGUGAUAUUAAGCCUUUAAAUCGAUGUAUCGUGGUGGUGAAGUUUCCUUGCAGUUGUACUAAAACAGCAACACAUAAGCUAAUAUAUUACAGUACAUUUAUGCAUUUUACUGAAGCUUUUAUUCAAAGUGACUUAGGCUUUGCAUUUUUAUUAUGUGCUUUCUCAGUAAAUCAAACCCACGAUUGUGGCUUUGUUAGCGUCAUGGCUGACUAGUCGAGCUAGAGAUAAAACUCUUUAGAAAAUCAUUAAGACAAAAGAUGAAAGAAAUAUAAAGUUUUGAAGCUGGAUGUCUAGACAGGAGCAUUAUUCAGGUCAAAAGGCGUCACCAUUUCCGUGAUGGUCAUUUCCACAGUAACUCAUUUCAUAACGGCACAUUCCAAUCUUUUAUUGUACAUUGUUUUCUAUAUUGUCAUGAACAGUGUUGGGGAAAGUUACUUUUAAAAGUAAUGCAUUACAAUAUUAAGUUACUCCCCAAAAAAGUAACUAAUUGCGUUACUUAGUUACUUUUCAUGGAAAGUAAUGCUACGUUACUUUUAAGUUACUUUUGCGUUACUUUUUCUUACUUGGCUGAGGCUUGAUGUCUUGCAGCUGUUUUUUAUGAUCGCAAAAAUGUCAAGCUAUGACCUUCCAUCUUCGUUUCUGACUCAAACUGUUCCCACUAAGGCGCAAAGAGUGCGUAAUUUUACGAUAAUAUGUUCAGUUUCAUUCAGUACAUUUUAUUUUUAAAUUGAAUUAAUUAAACUGAAAAGUAAUGUGCUUUACUUUAAAAAAAAGUAACUCAAAUAUUAAUGUGCACAUUUAUAAAGUAAUGCGUUACUUUACUCGUUACUUUAGAAAAGUAAUAUUAUUAAGUAAUGUGCGUUACUUGUAAUGCGUUACCCCCAACACUGGUCAUAAAGUUCAACAUUGUCAUGAAAAAGAUUUUUUUUAAUGUAGAUUUCUUACUGAAUUUGUGAUCUCAUAAUAAAGUUUUAGUUUGAUUUCUUC